CAAUUGUCACGUUUGUUUAUCAACAUUUGUUCCAGCAAAUGUGAAGAUAUUGCCGUUUAUUGCAUGUGUGUUUGUGAUUUCUGAUAUUGAAACGGGUUACAGAACAAUGAAACGUGAAUUGAAUAGAAAACAGUAUUAAAUUAUGAACAAAGUUCAACCAGAGUUGGAUGCUGCGCCUACCUUGGGAUGGUUGGCCGAACUGGAGAGUCGCAAAGAUAAUGUUCGUGGCAAAUUGGCACAUGAAUUUGGUGCUGGAGCUGCAUGUAAUAAUUGUGACCGUUGCACGGGAUUAGAUCUACAUUUUUGGCGCAAAGCAUGUCGAAUCUGUAAAUGCCGAGGCGAUCAACAUGAUUGCAAGGAUGAUGAUCUCGCUGGAUUUAUGCAGUUCGAAAUUCUUGGACAGAAGCGAUCAACACCAGCUUAUGUGAGCAUAAAAACAGUUCCAGAGCCGACACGAGUUGAUUGGGUACCACCAAAUGUUGAUCCCAAAUUGGCAGCUGAAUAUAUGAAUGAAUUGGAAACGGAUAACAUUCCGAUCACAGGAAGCAAGGCAGCUUUGAAACGCAAAGAAAGAUUAAACUAUCAAGUGCCCAUACACGAUUUGGAUGCAUCAUUGUGUCAUAACUUGAGUGAAAAAGAAGCAUCGCAGCUAUCACAAUACGUUGGCCAAAUUAAGGAGCAUAAUGUUGGUCAAGGUAUGGUCGUGCGUGUUGAAGACAUUAAAGUUCCUCAAAUCGAAUUUUUACAAUCAUCACAUGAUAACAAAAAUGAAAACUAUGCAAGCAGCUAUAUGGGCCGUGUACCAGUUGAGGCUAAACCCAUUCCCGAUGCUAUUAAACGUGAUAAAAUUUUAAGUUUCAUCAUGAACUCAAAAGCUAUUCAAAAUAUAAUUCAUCAGCCAAAUUCGGCACAACCAAAUUCAAAAUUGACCUUAUCAAAUCGACCGCUUGAUUGUGAUUUCAAUGGGAACGUCUAUUUAAGCACCGGCGAUAAGCGAAUGUUGGAAAACAUUGGAAUUGAUCAACAAGCAUUGCAAAGCAGUAUUAUCAAUGGUCGAAUUUAUGAUAAACUCUUUGCAAAGUUGGAUGCUUGUAAAAUCAAUUACGGACAAUGUUGUUUGCUGCAACCGUUAAAAGAUCUUCGUGCAACGGUUAUUGAUGGAAAUGAUCGAAAUUUCAAUAAUAAUAUUGGAAACUUGGUUACGGCAUUGGAAAUGGAAAAUCCUAUCGAAAUUGCAUGCCCAGCAGUUUACAAUUCUAUGGAUCAAUCAAGAUGUGCCCAAUCCACAGAUCCAGACGAUAUUUCGUCACUUUUAAAUGAUCUUCAAAUCGAAAACCAACCGAUAUACGAAAACCUCAAGAGACAACCUAUUUACGAAAAUCUCCCAAUUUCAAAUUAUAUGGGCAAUGUUUCUACCACCGCAAGAAGUAAUCUGAAUGAACCGAAGGCGGCAAUGAUGUGUAAAACAUGUGAACAACCAAUUUUAACGGGAACAAUCGCCGUAAAAGCACAUCGAGCAGGAGAUGAAGUCGCCUGGCAUCCAAAAUGUUUUACAUGUCAUAAAUGUGGCGAUCUUCUGGCCGAUUUGGUUUAUUUUUAUCACCAGGGUAACAUUUAUUGUGGCCGAGAUUUGGCUGAAGUACUUAACUUUGAGCGUUGCGGUGCUUGCGAUGAAAUCAUUUGGAGCAAAGAAUACACUUCGGCUGAAGGGUCUAGUUUUCAUAUCAAACAUUUUUGUUGUUAUCACUGUGACACACCAUUGGCUGGCAAACAAUAUACACCCGACGAUCAAACGAAAUUGCCAUUAUGUUUGGACUGUUACGGCAGGUAUUAUGCGGAAAAUUGCCAAAAUUGUCGACGCAAUAUAAGUCCAGAGGAAGAGGCGGUCAGUUUUCAACAAUCACAUUGGCAUAAAUCGUGUUUCAAUUGUGCUGGUGCUAAGUGUGGCAAAUCAUUGAUCGGUGGACGUUUUUGUAUUAAAUUCGAUUUACCAUUUUGCAGUGCAGCAUGCAUUCAGGAUUCAUGUCGAUGAAAAUGCAGCUCUAGUUUUAUAUAUCGGUUAAAAUUAAUUUUGAUUUCCAGUUUGAAUUUGAACAAUUCAAACUAUUUCAUAGUCAUUUACACUAUAUUUACAUGCUAUUUUCAUACAUUGCCAAUCAUUCAUCGGUGUAAACCGAACCAUUCAGCAUUUAAUGUGCGGAAUCAAAAUUCAAAAAUCUUUCUAUAUUUUUCUAAUCAAACAUAUUUUAUUGUAUCUUCUUGAGAUUAUCAAUAAAUAAAAUAAAAUGAAAUAAAAAUAAAA